UAAACGCAUUAUUCUGUUCUGUUGUCCAGCAGAGACGACGACAAACCUCUGUAGAAAAGAUGGAUCGUUUUUGUGGCAUAUUCCUUUGCCUUGCGUCUUUAGUUGCGAUCAGCGCGGCAUCAGAAUUAGCAGUUCGAGCAAAGCGCGAGAUCAACGUGGAUGCAAUUCGGCAGCGCGUGGAACAGCUAAUGCGCACGGGGAACAUCCCCGAUGCCGUCGUCAAGGCCCUCGGCUCACUGGACCAAGUGAUGCAGAUUCUGAGCUGCUUGCCUACUAGAUGUACCGGGAAUUGUUGCGCGAGUCCUGAUUUCUGCGCCAUUCCACAGUUAGCUUCGGGGUUGGUAAGAAACCCGAGGGCAAAGUUCACCUUCUGUAAGAACCCUUGGAAGAUCCGCAUUGAUCUGGACGCCGACUUUCGACUUAGCGGCAUUGCAAGACUAUUGAAAAUCAAACUAAAGCCUAUCGAGAUACCCAUCGACAACAGAGAGACUGAGGGCGUAUUAAAGAUGCAGUCGACCACAGAGGUCGCCUCUGCUGCCGUCAGAGUCAUCGGACUGCGCGUAGCCAAAGCUAAACUGAAGUUCGAUCUUCUCCUUAGAUACGACUGUACUAAACCACGAAACAACCCAUUGCAGCGAAACAGAUACAACUCUAUGUACGAUGACGGCCAACCAGGACCAGACGGAAACAAGCUGUUCUACAAACUCAACAUUAAAUUUGAGAUCUACAAGAAAAAGUUCCCAUGCUUCUGUUAUAAACUGAAGAGCUCAGAAACGUUAGUGGACAAAAAGAAACAUUUUGCAGAAGGGCCUGAUUCCUGUAAUACACCAGCUGUCGUCCCUCCCCCAGAUAGAUGCUUAUUUGGCAGGCCUAGGGCCGAUUUCAGGGGCGAGUUCCGUCGAUUGUGCCCAUAAAUAUCAUCAUUUUGUAGCUACAGGUUGACUGCUUUUCAGAGCAAUAUUUUACCUGAAAACGACGACCAAAAUAAUGAUGCCGAAAGCCGGAGCGAAAUCAGGAUAAAACUCCACGAAGACUUUUUUUAGCUAAUUUACUGUCAAAUACAUUUCAUUUAUGGAACUUUUUAUGCAUAACAGUGCAAGGUGCUGAGAAUGAUAUCAAUUUUGCUCACUAGCGGUUGAGACCACGAACUUGGAGGCAAUCCAACAGGUGCCUUAAACAUUCAGAUCUUGCUCAGAAAAAUCCCGCCUGGAUCUGAUUCCUGGAUGACAUUCUAAACAGUACAAAAGAAGAGCUUACUGGUCGAUACACCGAUAUAGCCAGUUGUAUAAACGAAAUACAUCGGAAUUAACAUCAUUUGUACCGACUUCCAGAUAUGUAGAAAUAAGAUGUCUGAAGUUAAUUUUUAUAAGAAAAAGGUUUCCUUCAAAUUAAUUUUGUCAUAAGAUUAUAUUGCUAAGAUUAUUUUGUACCAUCUUUAUGUACUGUAAUAUAUUAUUUAUGUGUGUGUCAUUCUCUUGUGUAUUAAGUUGAAAUAAAAUAGGAAAUGAAAUAAAAACA